AUGCUAUUUCUCAUAGGUGCGGAAACGAAAACUUCACCGUCGUCGAAAGGAGCUGAUUCCAUCAUCCGGCCGACCAACGUCAGCGUAACGACGAUGUGGCACCGAGGGACGAAAUGCGGUCGUCGGUCUCAUGGGUCACGCUGCAACGAGACGUCGGGACGUUUCCCUCGGUCAAGCGCGGAACAAUAUAUGGACAACGACGAAGCGCCUUCGAAUUAUACAAGUGACGUUAAGCGCGGGAGCUGGCUCAACGAAACCCUGGCGAUGAAGUCGACGUCCUUGCCGACUGUUCGGAUUGCUGCCUAUUUUGGCAGCGGACAAGAACCUUUCCUCGAAACAGGCAACAGCGGCACCGCACAAGCCACCGAGACAAAGUCUUCCGUCGGUUCAUGA